UACCACGAUACAUGAGUUAUUUUGAUAACACGAGAAGCGCAGAGUAUUCCCAAUUGGGCAGAUGCGUGGGCGAGGCUGACAUCUCGUUAUCAACACCAAUCCUACCAAUCCUACCAAACAGUUAAGAUGCGUGCCACCACCAUUGUCUUCGCUCUCAUGGCCAGCGUUGCUCUCGCUGGACCUGCAAGCCGCCCAGUCAAGGCCCGCCAGAUGGAGGGUGUUUGCAACGGUAGCAGUUGCAAUGUUGGUGGUAUCUCCUGGGGGUGCAGCACCGGUAAAUGCACUGCUCAGAGCGGUGCUGGUGACGGUACCCCCUGCGGUGGCCCCGACUACGAGAGCAUUAGCUGCCCUGGCAGCUAGAUGUCUUACAAUGCCAACUUUACUCGAAGAUUCUCCCCUCUAUGAGGAAAUCACGAGACAAUAAGUUAUGCGGUUGAUGCUAAAGGACGCUACGACGCAAUGGUUUAUGAUGAUGUUUUAUGAUAUGUGUUUACUGCGCUUCUGUACAGAGUUCUUGGAACAUCAUGUACAGCAUGACUAUCUUUGACAUAUUUUAAGUUUUGCAAUUCAUUUAGUUAAGCCUUCUUUAUAUGCUUGCCGCAGGUCUAAAUGGAUACCAACUAGCA